AUGAAUUCAAGUUAGAGACAACCAAGAAGUCGUAUAUUUGAUGCAGAGUCAUAAAGACCAUCUGAUAGAUCAAAUACACCUACAAGAGCAUUAUCACCACUUCAACCUUCAUAACAUAUUUAAUAAUAAUAAUAAUAAUAAUAAGCAAUUCCAACAUUUCAACCUUAAAAAUUAAAGCAUAUUCUAUAUAAUGCAUAAUAGAGUACUCCCAUUGUUAGUUGUCAUUAUCAUCCAGAGUAGUAUAUUUAAAACUUUUGCAGACACCCGUAAAGAUUUAAAAUAAUAAAAUAGUGAUUGUUUAUUACCUCUUUGUCCAAUAUGUGUCACAAUCCAUUAAGAUGAUCAUUUACAAUAAGAUUAUGCUCCACAAUUUGAUCUACUAGGUUAUUGUCUUGGAGAAUAAUAUAAUAAGAUUGUUGAUGUAUGCAAUCUAUUAGGAGAAGAUAUUGAAGAUGUAGUGGAAUUAAAAAAUAUUGUUAAAAAUCAUAGAGAAAUACAAAAAAAGAAAUUCUUAGAAGCUAAAGAAUAAUUCUAUAAAGCUAUUGAUACUUUUAUGUAAAAUCUAGAAAAUAAUUUAAAUUCAUAAUCCAUCAAACAAACUGAUUAAUUACUAAAUGAAAUAAAUCAAUUUCAUAGAUUAGCUUAUGAUAGAUGGAAUAAUAUGUAAGGUAGACUCUAAAAAUUAAAUUCUGACAAAUGUCUUAAAACAUUAAUAAAAUCUUAUAGAUAAAGUAGACCAGAAGAUGUUUAUUAACGUUAACAUGAUAUGACUAUAUAAUUUAUAGAUUAAGUUAAGAAUGAAUUAGAUUAAGUAGAAAUCCGACCAUCUUAAUUGUAGGUAAUUUUAGAUCAAUUACAAUCUUAUAUAUUCAUAACAAGAGAUUAAAUUAAAUAACCAAAAUAGCUAUCACCAAUUAAAGUAUAACCAUAAUAAUAAGUCAUAAGAAGAAUAGUACAGGAGAGACCAAAUAGUUAAUAAAAUCUACAUAAUUCAAACUCUCCCAUUCCUACUAGAGUACUUUAAGGAUUUCCUAUACUUUAAAAAUUUAAUCCAGUAACUGCCAUUGAAACUAUGAAUAUCCCUUAAUUACCACCUUUACCUACAGGAUUCCCUUCAAUAAUGCCAUUCUAACCACAAUAAUUCAAUUUCUAACCUUAAUAUGCUCAAUCAAUGAUGUUACCCAACUCAUAAUAUAUCCCAUAACCAAUUAAUAAUAUCCCUUUGCCUUUCUAACCACAAAAUCAUUUUUUAAAUCCUACUUAAUAACUUAAAUAACCAUUGCCAUAAUAAUAAUAAUAAUAACCUAUUUAAUAAUUUGUUCCACCACUCUAAACAUCAACUCCACCAACUAUUUAAUAGUAAAAUCCACCUCUUGCAUAAAUCAAUCUAAAUCAAUAAGAAAAACCUGGUGAAGUUAUUGAUUUAAAAACUAAUAAACUUAAAAUGGCUGAACAAUAUCAUAACAAAUUAUUUAAUUCCACAGAAUGA